AUGAGUGUCCAAAGUAGCAGUGGAAGUUUGGAGGGGCCGCCAUCUUGGUCCCAGCUCUCCACGUCUCCAACCCCGGGCUCGGCGGCGGCGGCCAGGUCCCUGCUGAAUCACACGCCGCCAUCCGGGAGGCCCAGGGAAGGUGCAAUGGAUGAGCUUCAUAGUCUGGAUCCAAGAAGGCAAGAAUUGUUGGAAGCUAGAUUCACAGGAGUUGCAAGUGGGAGCACUGGGAGCACUGGCAGUUGCAGUGUUGGAGCAAAAGCUUCAACAAAUAAUGAAAGCUCUAAUCACAGUUUUGGAAGCUUGGGAUCUUUAAGUGACAAAGAAUCAGAGACACCAGAGAAGAAGCAAUCAGAAUCUUCCAGGGGGAGAAAGAGAAAAGCAGAAAACCAGAAUGAAAGUAGUCAAGGAAAGAGCAUUGGAGGACGUGGUCACAAAAUUAGCGACUAUUUUGAAUACCAGGGUGGGAAUGGCUCAAGCCCAGUAAGAGGCAUACCUGCUGCAAUCCGUUCUCCUCAGAAUUCGCAUUCACAUUCCACUCCUUCAUCUGUUCGACCGAAUAGCCCUUCUCCUACUGUAUUAGCUUUUGGGGACCACCCUAUUUUACAACCAAAGCAGUUAUCCUUUAAAAUUUCUCAGACUGAUCUUACAAUGCUGAAAUUAGCAGCCUUAGAAAGUAAUAAAAACCAGGAUCUAGAAAAGAAAGAGGGUCGCAUAGAUGACUUGCUCAGGGCUAACUGUGAUCUCAGACGACAAAUAGAUGAACAACAAAAAUUACUUGAAAAAUAUAAAGAACGAUUAAAUAAAUGCAUAUCAAUGAGCAAAAAACUGCUCAUUGAAAAGAGUACGCAAGAAAAACUGUCAAGCAGAGAGAAGAGUAUGCAAGACAGAUUACGCCUUGGGCACUUCACAACAGUUAGACAUGGUGCUUCAUUUACUGAACAAUGGACAGAUGGUUUUGCAUUUCAGAAUCUUGUGAAGCAACAGGAAUGGGUGAAUCAGCAAAGGGAAGACAUUGAAAGACAAAGGAAACUUCUAGCAAAACGCAAACCUCCCACAGCUAAUAAUUCUCAGGCACCCUCUACCAAUUCUGAACCAAAACAAAGGAAAAACAAAGCAGUCAACGGAGCAGAAAAUGAUCCCUUUGUUAGACCAAAUUUACCACAAUUGUUGACUUUGGCAGAAUAUCAUGAACAGGAAGAAAUUUUCAAACUUAGACUAGGACAUCUCAAAAAGGAAGAAGCAGAAAUCCAGGCAGAACUUGAACGUUUGGAAAGAGUCAGAAAUCUUCACAUUCGAGAACUCAAAAGAAUAAACAAUGAAGAUAAUUCUCAGUUCAAAGAUCACCCAACAUUAAAUGAAAGAUACUUACUACUUCAUCUGCUUGGUAGAGGUGGCUUUAGUGAAGUGUAUAAGGCUUUUGACCUUUAUGAACAAAGAUACGCAGCUGUGAAGAUACAUCAGCUGAAUAAAAGCUGGAGGGAUGAGAAGAAAGAAAACUACCACAAACAUGCCUGCAGAGAGUAUAGAAUACACAAAGAACUGGAUCACCCCAGAAUAGUUAAACUGUAUGAUUAUUUCUCCUUGGAUACAGACACGUUUUGUACAGUGUUAGAAUACUGUGAAGGCAAUGACUUGGAUUUCUAUCUGAAGCAACAUAAAUUAAUGUCAGAGAAAGAAGCUAGGUCUAUUGUAAUGCAGAUUGUAAAUGCACUAAGAUAUCUCAAUGAAAUCAAACCCCCUAUUAUACAUUAUGAUCUUAAGCCAGGAAACAUUCUUCUGGUAGAUGGAACAGCAUGUGGGGAAAUCAAAAUCACUGAUUUCGGUUUGUCCAAGAUUAUGGAUGAUGAUAGCUAUGGUGUUGAUGGAAUGGAUCUAACUUCCCAAGGAGCGGGAACUUACUGGUAUUUACCUCCUGAGUGUUUUGUUGUUGGAAAAGAGCCACCAAAGAUUUCCAACAAAGUUGAUGUGUGGUCAGUUGGAGUCAUCUUCUUUCAGUGUCUUUAUGGCAGAAAGCCAUUUGGUCAUAAUCAAUCUCAACAAGACAUUCUUCAAGAAAAUACAAUAUUAAAAGCCACAGAAGUCCAGUUCCCUGUAAAACCAGUCGUAAGCAGUGAAGCAAAGGCCUUUAUAAGACGCUGUUUAGCAUACCGAAAAGAAGAUCGAUUUGAUGUACACCAACUGGCAAAUGACCCAUACCUUCUCCCACACAUGAGAAGAUCGAAUUCUUCAGGAAAUUUACACAUGGCUGGGCUGACAGCAUCCCCUACACCCCCUUCUUCAAGCAUAAUUACUUACUGACUUACCUCCAAAAUAGGCAUGAUUAUCUUUGAAUUGCUUCCAGAUGUGCACACUUGAGUUUGAGAGCAUUUGAAUUUUUUUGUUGUUUUCUUUUUUACAUAGGACUUGGCUGAGAACUGAAGUUCUUCAUAGCAUCAUUGGUAUGAAAGUGGAUCAUGGACAGUGAAUAAAUGUACACUUUGACUAUAAUCUUAAGCAGUGAAGGAUGACUGCCUGUUGCAAAGAAACAGGAAUACCAUGUUAAAGUAGAAGAAAAAUGGCUUGUUGGGGGAACACUGUAAAUAUAACGUUUAUAAUACUUAAAUACAUUUGGUGUUACUGGAGAGUUCUAAAAUGAAGGGUAGUUUUUCAUUAUUUAAAAACACGUGAAAACAGACAUUUCUAACACAAGAACUAUAGUGCCUGGAUACAUUCUUCAGCAUUCGGCAGUUAAUCUGCUGAAACCAAAGUAAGAACUGAAUGACAGUUGUGUUUUAUAGUAAUAGAAUGUGAGAGAGAAUCUUUGGACAAAGUUAGACUUUGUCAUUUGCCUGUCUGGCUUUUACCAAGUUGUACCUCGAAAUCACAUGUCCAUUUUUUUUGACUGAUUAUAUUCAGAAGAGCUAUUCCUAGACACUUUACACCUUUGACAAAAUGAGUUAUUUUGAAAUCAGUUGAACUUACUAAAUUGUAUUAACUCCAGUGUUCAACAUGUUGGAACUGUUAAGAUAUAUUUUCUUUUGUUACCAGGCCUCGUUCUUUACAAGUGACAGUGUGUAACCAAAUGCAGACCAGUUCUAUGCAGGAUAAUGAUAAAUUCCCUUCUAGCACUAUUGUAAAUUGUUGUACAGAUGUCUUACUUCAAUUACCAGGUUUCAGCAGCUUAUUCUUGUACAAAUGUUUAAAAAUAUGGCUUUUCUAAUUGGAUAUUGUAUUUUUUUUAAGUCUUCUUAAAGACAUUUUAAUUGCUGCUAAAUGCUGUUGCUUCUUUGCUAAAAAAAAAAAAAGAGUCACCUCCAUAAUGGUGCAAGUUGACUACAUCAUAGAGAUAUUAAAAGCAAGCAUUCGCUAAUGAUCAAGGCAUGUAAGAAUGAUCCAUGUUGGACAGAGUUCUCUAAAUCAUUUUCUUGGGUUCUAGGGCUGUGGAACACAGAUAGAUACUAGAUUUAAAAAUUGGUUAUUCUACAUUUCUAGAAGGUUCUUAACCAGUAAGAUGGGAUGAUGGCUCCAUAAACAAAUUGUGUUUUGUACAGAUUUGUUAAAAUGUGAACAAUUUCUAACUAUUUUAGACUACCAUUUUUCAGGAUGCUGUAUUUCACUCCUAUAGGGAUUAUUUCUUUAUUGUCGCAUUCAUAAUGCUGAUACUUACAUGUAAGUUGUCCAUGUUGCCAAAAAAGAGAGGCUAUGCUUAACCACAGAUUCUCCUUCAUGUUGUACAGUGGCUCUUACUUGAUUUGCAAGCCCUUUUGUUUUUUUUCAUUGUACAUAGACACAUUGUCUCUAAGAUGCUGCUGAAAUUGUAGAGAAUGUAGCCAAACAGUAAUAAACAAUGCCAGUUAAAAGUUAAAGACUAUGAAAAUUACAUUGAAAGGGAGCUUUCCAGAUUCAGGAUAUAGACCAGCUUGGCUCCUAUAGUUAAGAGUCAGCUAAAUAAACUCUUGCAAACAUUUCAUUCAAGCUGUUCAAGCAAACCUGAUAGCCAUGGCUAAUCCUGGGCAAGUGACCAUCGGGAGUAGCCUAGACUGCUCCUGUGUCCUCUGUAGAUUCAGGUAGGUCCUAUGUUAACAAAAUGAUAUUAUGACACUGAAAUGUUAGCAUUGAGCUUUAGUUAUUGCCCUUCAGUUUUGUUGCGUGACUUUUCAUCUUUCUGAUCAUAGAGUGCUAUAUUCAAUGUUCCUUGAAGUCCUGAUUAAAAGAAAAUGCCCAAUUUUGUUGAAAUUUUUGGUGAGAUAAUUACGUGGGCAUAUAAGUCUAACAUGAGGUUGAAUUAAUCAUACAGACCUAGAGCAUUGUAUCACCAUAUUUUCAAAUGACCACCUGUGUCAUUUGUAAAAGUGACUACCUGUGUCAAAACACAAGAGGAAAAUAAGCCAUAAAUUAAACUGCUUUUUUUUCUUAAUCUAGGUUUAAGUUAUCACAGAAUCAAAAAUAUACUGUACAGAUGAUUCCAUUUAUGAACCAUCUUUUCUUCCAGACAAAUGCUAUAGAUUUUUAAUAUGCCAGUAACCCACAACAUGAUUGAAGUGAAUAAUUUACUGUUGCCUUCACAUUGGACAUUGGUGGUAUCUAUCCCUAAAGAAUUUCAGUCAUUCUGACAGUCUUUUGGCUCUAGUUAUUUUUUGACCUUUGAAUUAAAGCAUGUCUUAUAUCUCUAAGUCAGGUACAGGUCUGACCUCCCUUUAAUCAUCAGCUUUGAUGCAAGAUAAAAAUGUAUAGUUUUAAAAUUCUUUCUUUGAUGUGAAUUAGUGUAGUGUGUGCAUGUUGAGGAAGUUUAGAAACCAGACUAAUUUGGAAGUUGGGUAGAUAACUUGUUUUUCAAAAUAAAAACUUGGUCUGUCUUUUUUCUUAUUGACUACCAUCCCCCUUCUAAAAAAGAAAAAAAAAAAAACUCAGAUUAAGUGGUACAUAAAAUGUGAACAAAUAAUUCUACAAAUACCUCAUUACAUGAAGCCAAAAUCGAGCGUUUCAGUGAAACAUUUAUAGAGUACAUUUUGUGUUUUGCUGUUCAUUACUUAUUAAAUGCAAUAAUGUGUUGAUCACCA